AGUUUGCUGCCGCCACUCCUGAGCCGGUCUCCUUGUCCAAGUCCCUGUUCUUCAUCGUCCGGGUUCAGCCGGUGCGAAAUCCUCGUGUUAGACAGUCUCCAUCGACGUUAAACCCUUAAUUUUCCUUGAACACUUCUCAAAGGUGAUGCUAGAAUCCGUUUCUGCGGAGGAGCUCUGUGGGAACACUUUUCAACCAAAAAUCCCCUUCUUUUUUUUUCCUUUUUAAGCUCCUUUAUACAACGGCAACUUGCGGCGUAACCUGCUCCUUUGAGGCCGUGUGCACGUUGUGGCAGGAGUGGAGGACGCCCUCGCUGGUGCAGUAGUUUUACCGUUUUCAGGAAGACGACGGCAUGUGUUCUCUUUCACUCGUAGAAGCCACGUUUGUGUCAUAUUGACAACUUGAAAGCCGUUUGGCGGUGUUUCAGUGGAUAGCAAAAUGAGUAACAGAACAGGUUCAUUUAUGUGGAACCUCAGGCAAUUCAGUACUUUAGUUCCAACCAGCAGAACUGUGAGGCUGUGUCCUUUGGGAUUUUGCAGACCAAAAAUUGCUUAUUCAAACUGGAACCCAAGAAACCUUCUCUUAAAUAAUUUUGAUAAUAGACUGCAAGCGUCUGUUAGAUGUCUCUUUCAGAAUGCCUUAAUUUUUAAAUCAGGAGAUGACUUUCAAACAAAGGGCGUAAGGACUGUGACAGUGCUUACCCUUGACAGAGUGCUUUGUCCUAGAAGACUGUCCUUUGACUCUAAACACUCCCUUGACUCUGAUAAUGAAUUGAAGAAGACAAACUUUCAUCAUGAGGCCUCCAGUGAAGAUGUUCUCAUCAAGGAAACAAAACCAACCCCUGUCAACUCUAGAAAACUGUCUCAGGAGUGUAAUUCUCUGAGUGAUGUGUUGGAUACAUUUUCCAAAGCACCUACAUUUCCUAGUAGUAACUAUUUCUCAGCAAUGUGGACAAUUGCCAAAAGGAUGUCCAAUGACCAGAGGUACUUUGAAAAACAACUGAUGUUUAACCACCCAGCGUUUAACCAGCUGUGUGAACAAGUGAUGAGAGAAGCCAAGAUCAUGCACUGUGACCACCUGCUGUUCAGUCUUCAUGCUGUGGUGAAGCUUGGAAUUCCUCAGAACACUCUGUUGGUACAGACUUUGCUGAGAGUGGUGCAGGAGCGUAUCAAUGAGUGUGAUGAGAAAUGUCUUUCAGUUUUGUCAACUGUUCUACAAACCAUGGAGCCAUGCAAGAAUGUGGACGCUCUCCAUGCGGGAUUGCGGAUACUAGUUGAUCAGCAAGUUUGGAAAAUAGAACGUGUCUUUACAUUACAAGCUGUGAUGAAAUGUGUUGGAAAAGAUGCGCCAGUUACUCUUAAAAGGAAGCUGGAGAUGAAAGCCUUGAGGGAAUUAGACAGAUUUUCUUUUUUAAAUAGCCAGCGCAUGUUUGAGGUGCUGGCCACCAUGAAUCACCGUUCUGUGGUACUUCUGAAUGAAUGCAGCAGGAUGGUCUUAGGUAAUAUCCAUGGGUGUCCUCUUAAAGUAUUGAUCAACAUAUUGCAGUCUUGCAGAGACCUCCGGUACCGUAAUUUAGAUCUUUUCAAGGGAAUAGCAGAUUAUGUGGCUACAACAUUUGACAUCUGGAAGUUGAAACAAGUUCUCCUCCUCCUCAUUUUAUUUGAAAACCUUGGCUUCCGACAUCCUGGCUUGAUGGACUUGUUCAUGAAAAAAGUAGUAGAUGAGCCUGGCUUCCUGAACGUGAAAAACGUUGUCUCCAUUCUACAUGUGUAUUCUUCUCUCAACCACUUCUGCAAACGUCAGAACCAAGAGUUCCUAGAAGUUAUGGCUAGUGCUCUGACUGCUUGUCUUCACCACCUCUCUUCUGAAAACCUGUUGAAUGCCGUGUGUUCGUUUUGCAUGAUGAACCAUUUUCCCCUGGCCCCUGUUAAUCAGCUCCUCCAAAAGGACGUCAUCGGCGAGCUGCUGGCAUCAGGUGACAUGGAGAGGAAUGUUCACAAGCUUCAUAUUUUGGCUGCUUGCCUGAAACUCGAUGAUGCGCCUUACCACAAGGCUGUGGAUGUGGGGUUGCCACCGCUGCCACCUGCACUGUUGUGUCCAGAUGCCAAGGUCGCAGAGGUGCUGAGUAGCCUUGUGGGAGACGAAUACUUCUCAAAAAAUGUGCAGUUGCCACAUAAUUAUCAUAUUGAUUUUGAAAUCAGAAUGGAUUCUAACAGGACGCAGGUGCUUCCAUUUUCUGGCGCGGAUGCGGUAACUUCUGCUGCAGAUGUUCAAAGAGUAGCUGUGCUGUGUGUUCCUAGAUCUGUUUACUGUUUGGAUUCAACUCACCCCAAGGGAUUCCUGGCUAUGAAGAUGCGGCAUUUGAAAGGAAUGGGUUUUCAUGUGAUCUUGGUCAAUAAUUGGGAGAUGGAAAAACUGGAGAUGAAGGAUGCGGUCACAUUUUUGAAGACUGAAAUCUAUUCAACUGAACCCCUUCCCUCUGCUGAUGUAAAUUUGCAAAGCACACGUUAAAGUAAAACGCAGCCUUUUCGUAUCAGGAGACAUAAAUUUGUAAAAAUAACUUUAAUAAAGACUGCAGUUCAGUUGUCAGUGAAAUUCACCUGACUGCUCACCAUAACAAAAUGUGUUACUUAGUUCACUAUUAAAAAUAAUUUUAAGAAUGGAAGAAAUGUUGUUACUGGCAUAUUUUAGAAUAUGCGUAGAAAAUUCCAGAAGGGUCAUUUUUCCAACCAUACCUGUUCCCUCUAGUGCCCAGGUAUUUGACAGACUCUUGAGCUGUGGGUUUUACUUUUUCUCUUCAGCUUUGAUGCAUUGAACAUUGGUGUCUUGGUUGUGGUGGGCUGCAGUAGGUGGUGUGGGCAGUCAUUGUGUCUGGAAUCUGCGCAUUUCUACCCUUGUUGUGAGCUGUUCGAGGACGCUGGCACUGACCAUGGUUUCCAGCAUUGGCCGCAUAGCAGUUGGACCAGGUUCUCAAACUCUAGACUGAGGAAGAAUUAAUGAGGUAGCAUGUUAAAAAUGGGCGAGGAUCGGGCAUCUGCGUUUGUAACAGGCGUUCUGUGUGGAGGUGGUUCAUGGGCAUACUAGGAGGAACAUGGAUGAGAUGAUACGGAGAGGGCCAGGAGUCCAGAUUUAUUGAAACUGGUAGGCUGGGGGCUGCUAACACCAUAACUUGUGCCUUGUUGAGGCACAUUCCUUUCUCUGUCUUUCUUCCCUUUCUCCUCUCACCAUUUCAUGAAGUCUUUUAAAUUAAAUACAUAGCUGACCUGUGCUGUGAGUCAGACCUGAGGGCUGGUUUUCAGUUAUGUUUGUUUGUUCUUUUGUUGAAACAUUUGUUCAAGUUUGCUGUGCACCCACCUACCUAGUAUUUGACCCGCUGGGGAUACAACGAGUUUCAGUUGUGAAACCUGAGUGCCAUCCAUGUAAGUUGGUGUUGUUUACCCUCAUGCAGGAGGCUGAACGUUCAUGUUCCCCCAGAAUUCAUACUUGAAACCUAACCCCCAGUGUGAUAGGAUUUGGAGGCAGAGCUUUGGGAGAUGAUUAGGUCCUGAGGGUGGAGCCCUCAUGAAUGGUAUUAAUGCUCUUAAUAAAGGGACCCCAGAGAGCUCCCUCGUCACCUCUGCCAUGUGUGGACAUGCUGAGAAGAUGACCAUCUAUGAACCAGGAAGUGGGCCCUCACCAGACACCAAGUCUGCCAGAGCCUUGAUCUUGGACUUCCAGUCUCCAGGACUGUGAGAAAUCAAUUUCCUUUGUUUACACUUCACCCCGUCUAUGGUAUUGGCUGAUGCCAGCCCGGAUGGACUAAGACACCGAAUAUACAGACAUGCAAUUACUGGACAUCUUACUCCAUGCCAGGUGCUGCUGAGAAUUCACACGUUCUCUCUCCUUUCCUCGUCUUCACUGAGCUGUAGCUGCUGCUGUGAUUCUCAAUUCCUUGUCUCUAAUGUGAGGAUAAACUAUGUGCCAGGGCUGCACAGAGAGUAGGGCAGGGCUCGAGUCUGAACCUGAGCUGACGUGGGCUUCUGAGAAGAGCAGGUGAGGAGCCCCAGGGUGGCAGUAAAGCACUCCAGCAGUAUGACUACCACGUCGGAGUUUCAUCAGCUGCCCCCGCCUGCGUCUAGAGGAGGUUAGAGCUGAAAGAAGACUGAGCAGUCACUUCAUUCCCCUCCUUCAUUUGUGGAUGAGGAAGUUAAGGCUCGAAGAAUGAGAUUUUCUGGCGUCUCAGCCACAUCACUGAUUUCCACGUGAUUUCAUCCUCUACUCCGGGUGUCUCAGGAAACCAGGAUUCUGGUUCCAGACUGGAGCUCAUCUGGUUUUGUGUACUUGGCCAAGUGGUUUAACCCUUACAAGCUUCGGAGCAAGAAUUGAAAAUAUUCUGUUAUUAAAGAAACUAAGAUUCAUUCUUUACAUGUUAAGUGUGUAUCUGUUUCUUUUAGUGGCUACUUAUCACUCAUAUUCAAAGGGUUGGACAAAUUGAUGAAUACCUGUGACUGCCCUCUGGGGAAGUCGUCUUGGUUUGAUAGAGCAGAUAGAAAGGCGUUCCUCUUUUACUAGUGUUCCUAGUGUUCGUGUUCUUCAUUUCUCUGUGGUCUACAAAGGUCUGUGAGAAGCAAGAUACAGAGUGAAGGAAAACGGUUUAAGUAAUAAAUAUGUCUUCUCAGGAUUAUUAAUAUAAAGAUUUACUCUCCACUCCAGGAGAAUGUGUAAAUAUUUUCCCUUUCUGGUUUUUAUUCAGUUGAAUCACAAGCAAAACCACACAACCCCAGUUUGAUUUCAUGGACCCGUUUCUCACACAUGAGGGAAGUCAAUAGAUAAA